CUCGUUUGUGCAGUUUCUCCCGAUCAUUAUCGUCGCGCGGAUACAGGUGCAAAACGCGGAACGUUACCUGUGUAAUUAUUAUUAAUCAUAAGUCGAAAAUGGUCGUUCCUUCGUUAACAGAGCAAGAAGUACCAUAACAGGUGGACAAAAUUGGCCAGAUGUGUGUGAAAUGAAUGGAUCUUUCGAAACAGUCCUCAUAACCUGAGAAUCAAUCCUAAUUGGUACUGAUUUCUUACUGUGUGCUGUGUGUUUCCUAUACAUGAAAUUUACAUUUUGUAGUUAUCAGUAAUUUUAUCGCUUAUCUUCGCUUAUGAGUGAUAAUCAUACAUUUUCCCGGAAUACAAAAAGUACCCAAAGUUCGGUGCAGUUUCAUUUUACAUUCAUCAUUUGUGUAACAUUACAGAACAAACAACUUGUUGCUUGUUUCACAUUGCGUCAAGAACUUUACAGUUGUUUACAUUGCAGAACGUAAGUUCAUGAGUGAUGACACAUUCAAUUCAAAUUUAAGAUAAAAACUACGCUAACCAAGGAAUCAUCAUCAUUUGAAGUAUGGAAACUGAUUGUGAUUCUGGAGAAAACUCAGCAACUUCCAACAGCUUGCACUUAGCUGCAUUUCAGACACACAAUCUCGAAACGGUGGUUGAAGAAAAUGAAGAACCAACUGGCAGCUUGAAGUACAACUCCGAAUUGAAUGCGGCCGGAAGCAGCGUAGAGAGCGCCACAAACGAUUCCUCAGAUUGUUCAAAUUUGCUGCAGCAUCAGGGAAAGUCACCUCACGAAGGUAUCAUUGUCCCUUUUCGCAGGGCAAGUGAAAAUUGUAAGGAUGGCGUCGGUGGUGCUACAAAGAAACAGAAUGGUGCCGCCCUGCGUUCCAACAGUCUAAACUCGGGUUCCCGUACGCCUCCGCUGGAGCGGAAAAGCAAGUUUAGCGCAUUUGGGCGCCUUUUCAAACCAUGGAAGUGGCGAAGAAAAAAGAAAAGUGAAAAGUUCGAGUCCACCUCCAAGUCACUAGAGCGUAAAAUAUCAGUACGUGCCAACCGUGAAGAACUUGUACAAAAAGGUAUUCUGCUGCCUGAAAGCCCCACGUCAGCUCUAUCCAUAGCUGCCAUUUGUAUCAGUCCCACGGAAUCGGUGACGUGGUCAACAUCAUCUCAUAGACAACUACAAACCUUCCAUCAGCCGAACCAUUACCGAAGCCAAAAUGAAGAACAAUAUACCAUUUACAAUUCUGUAAACGGCGCAAACUCUUCCGUCCUGCCAAAUCUUGCGAACACAUCGUCGGCGGCGACUGCAGCACCAAAUACUAGCAUUACCAACAAUGUGCCUUUAUCACAAUCGGCUCAACAGAUUAACAGUAACAGUGCGCUUAUCAAUAGCAACCAUAGCAGCGCUUGCAACAACAGUAACAACAAUAGCAGUAGUAAUAGCGGACCGUUAAGCUUGGCGGCCAUUUUGUCCGGUGCAGUCAAUACUAUGGGAUCUAGCGGGUCUGCCGGAAGCGGUGGUCUCGGGAACAAUUCCGUAGUUGGUGCUAACAUGAUUAGUGGUGGAACGGGAGGACAAGCCUUGGCCAACAUGAUGACGGGUAGCAGUAGUAUAGGUGGCAGCGGGUUGUCGCACUCACAGUCAGCACACCAGAUUGGUACGGUUUCGACGCAACAUACUCCCAUGGCUCAACAUCAAGCCCUGCAGCAGCAACUACAACAACAUUUUGCCAACGUUGCCAAUAGCAGCAGCAGUAGUUUAGAGCCUCGGAAAGAAAAGACUGAAGUUCAAAGUGGUGCAAAUGGUUCGUGUGUCGACCAUACUGGUGGUAGCCACGGCCCGGCUACAAUCGAAGGCAACAUUCAGCCGCCUCCCCAGUUAGUGGUACAAUCUAAACCAGAACGUCCCAACACCCUCGGACCGACCAAGCUGUCCCGCAGGAUAAUCUGCUAUCACAGCGAUGGUUUUCAAGAUAAUCAACGGAAAACACCACCGCCAUCGAACGAGAACCCAUCUAACCAACAGCAGUUGCAACAGUCAUCCCAUCAAGCGCUGCAGUUGCAACAUCAGCAGCACCAGCAGUCCGCUCUAGCGACUGCGGCUGCUGCAGCGGCCAUUGCUCAGCACCAGCACCAGUCCCAACUUCCUACACAAGCUGCGCUGUCAGCCGCUGCGGCGGCUGUUGCACAGCACCAUCAACAAGCGCUUCAACAGCAAACGCAACAUGGCGGCCACCCACACCAUCACCAUCUUUCGAAUCACAUCAUGCUGUCGGAGCUACCGGAACCUCCGAUUCCGGUGUCGGAGAUCGGGCCCAUUCCUCCGCCGCCGAUGUUUUCAACACCAAGUCCGACUAUGAUCGGCGGACGACCGCAUGGCCCUAGCGUGCAUUCCACUACUACUUGUAGCAAUAAUAGUAUUAGCGCGAGUAAUAUUAUACCGUUAGAUAUGAAUGAUUACGAUUACGAUGAUCAUGAAAAUAAUGAUCACGACGAGCUCGACUCGGACGAGGAGUACAUGUACACAAUGUCACAACCAAAUCCCGCCAUCGAUACAAACCGUAUUGACGAGAUCCCCGCGAAGGAGCCCAAGUUCAACGCAGUGCCAUUGAAAUCAGCUUUAAAAAAGAAGGGUUCGAACCCGGGAACGCCGACACAGGAUAACCGGACACUCACCGUACGCUACGACAACAAUCCGACCGCAACGAUCAAGCCAGUUUUACGACCACGGAUUAGAAUAUGUUCGCGACCGAUGCGCUUCCAGAUUGGCCUACCGAGUACGAUGGAGAACAAGGAAAAUACGCGACCAUUUGUGAUCCGCGAGAACGACAACGAUGAUCAGAACGAUGGUCCCAUACGCUACCGGGACGAGGACCCAGAUCGAGCUGCUAAGAUUGCCCGCAAGGAGAGCCUGUCGAUUAAGCUUGCCCUGCGGCCCGAUCGGCAAGAACUGAUCAACCGUAAUAUUCUGCAGCUACAGUCGGACAACGAAAAGCAGGAAUCGAAGGAAGCCAUCGGAGCCCGACUAAUUCGACGACUUUCAAUGCGACCUACCGCAGAAGAGCUGGUAGAAAGAAAUAUUCUGAAAACACAAAGCCCUGCAGAAGAGAAGAAGCAAAAGGAAGAGAAGAAGCGCUAUCUGUUGCGGAAGCUCAGCUUUCGGCCCACCGUAGACGAGUUGAAGGAGAAGAAAAUUAUACGAUUCAAUGACUAUAUCGAAGUAACACAGGCGCACGAUUAUGAUCGACGAGCGGACAAACCAUGGACCCGACUUACCCCCAAGGACAAGGCAGCCAUACGCAAAGAACUGAACGAAUUCAAAAGCUCUGAGAUGGCCGUGCACGAAGGCAGUAGACAUCUUACCAGGUUUCAUAGGCCAUGACAGAUGCAAUGCAGGAUCAAGCAGCGACAUUUUGCCGUUCAUUAUUUUACAAUUCUCAUUAAGAAUUACUACAACAAACAUUUGAUUGUGUACAUAUAAGAAGAAGCAGACAAAAACAGAAUCAGCGAGUCGGCUGCUGUACUCGCCAUUGGCAUCAAACUCAUCACUUUAACCACAAGAAGCAUACACAUUGCCCUGCCGCGUCAUCCAUUGGAUCAAUGGAACGGCGGAGCAUACAAUUUUUCAACGGAGAUAUUUCCAAACGUUUCACUAUUGUUUUUCGACCUUCGCAACUUCUGAUCCAAUUAUAUCCACUGGACCGGACUACCUUGAAGCCGACGUUUUUUGGACUUUCGAACCUGGAAAUUUCCCACUCCCUUCUUUUGGAAAGCGAAUGAUAUUUUCACAAUCCCGAACCACAGCAAUCGGAGUAACCACCGGCAAUUGGAUGGAUAUUUCACACGUGCCGUGCAACGUGUAACAAUCAAUUUUUUUUUGUAGCGAGCUAUCAAGAUAAACUACUAAGCUAUUGAACAAGUCGCAGCAUGGCAGCAGAAAGUAAGCGAAUUAUUUGUUUCAAUGAAAAAUUAAAGGAAACUACAAUAUAAUAAUUGAAUAAAAAGAAUAAUAAUACUGUGAUAAUGUUAACGUUAUUAGAAUGUUACCGAGUAAAAAACUAAAACCCACAUCGGUAAAUCAUAGUGAUUAGCGGCUAGAAUAUAAUCAGAACGCAGUGCACUAAACAGACUUCAGUUAUCUGUGAAGCACGAAUCCGUUUCGGUGUUGUUGGCUUGGUUGGGUAAUUUUGUUUGGUCCACAAGUAUUCAAUGGAGAAACGUUAAGCACAAAAAGCAUCAAGCAACAACAACAUACAUCAACUCAAGAGUUUUAGUUUGGCAUUUCGAAACAAGGUAUUCAUUACUUUACUUUUCAUUUUGGUACUUAUUAUGCACCGCGAAAAAUGGGUUAGUAACGAAACCCGAAAGGCUGAAACUCGAAAGGCUGAAAAGUAUGUUUCAUAACGAAAGGCUGAAACCACAAAAGGCUGAAUGAACGAAAGGCUGAAACAUGAAAGGCUGAAACUUUUGUAACUUGAAUCAUAAUCGUUGAAAAAUUCGGACACAUGGAUAACAAACCUUUAUAAGGUGACAGAGUUCAAUGUUUGAGUAUUAAUUGGUUUGUGCAAUGGAAAAUCAAUUUUCGGCAACAUUUGAAUCUAUACACACUUGACUCUUGUACACGUUUCCUAGAUGAUUCAGGGCGAGACGGCCAAAGGCCGCGAGUGUGCGCCGGCGACCCGCCGUCGGGAGCGCCGGCCACUGCGGGGGGGGGGGGCAGCCCCCCCGCAGAAAUCACCUCUGUAUAGGUGCGUUCGUUUUCCUAGGUCUACUGACUCGUAGGGGUGAUCCCCUAGUUUAGUCCGAACGAGCGAUAGCGAGUAAGGACAGCAUACAUCUCGGACAAUCGAGUCGGCCGUAGGCCGCGAGUGUUUUUUUAGAAAUAAACUUUGUGAAUUUCAGCCUUAUGCUUUUUCAGCUUUUCGUGAUUCAGCCUUUCGUGUUUUCAGCCUUAUGCAGCUUUCAGCCUUUCGUGAUUUCAGCCUUUCGGAUUUCAGCCUUCCGUGUUUCAGCCUUUUGAAUUUCAGCCUUUCGUAGUAGACCCAAAGAUAAGGUUGAACAUGAGAAAAAAUGUGUUUGAUUAAAAACAAAAGAAAAUGAUGGACCUAUUAACAGUCUCAGGUAGUGUAUUGGCGUGCAUGAUUACAACAAUAUCUGCCUAAGCUAUUUAUACAAACCAAUGUUGGUUAUAAAGAUAAUUAAAAUAUGCCACUAUUCCACCCAAUGUCUUUUCGGUGUUUCUCAACCCUUUUAUUGCAAAAAAGUGGCAAAAAUACAGCAUUAUUGAAUUUUUUUUAUAAUUAUUCCAUGACAGAUUUUGGCCAAAGUGCAUUAUUAUAGGCGGAAGCUUCUUUUGAACAUAAACAUAUUUCAAUCUUAUCUUUCAAUGAAUGCAACAGAUUAUUUCUUUGUGUCGUUUUCUACACCCUUUAAGGAACACAUUGGUAGUAGAGAAAAUAAAUGGUUUACAAAUACCUUCACAAGCAGGAUCACCUAAAAAUAUACGAAGCUUUUCUAAUUAGGCAAAUAUCUACUACAAAAGUUUUAAUCAAUGAACGCAAUAGUCUGAUUCUUCAUACAAAUGUCUUAUAUUUACGACGCGGCUGCGACAGCCUAUUCAACUAUCAUAGUGCUCGUCCCGUGAUUAUCUCGUACACUAACUUGGCUGCAAAGGUUGUGAUGAAUAAAAAGGAGGUCAGGUUUCGAAAUUGAAAUGUCGCAUCAAGACUUUGUUGGUAUGUUGUUGAGUGUUAUUUUCAUGAAAAGGAUCCUGUAUGCAAGUCACAUUGUUUCUUUACAAUAAAUAUAUUAUUGGUGUUCCGCUAUUAGUUGUGUUGUAAUUUUAAACCGAUAUGGAAAUAGCUGAAUGAAGUUUUUCUUAGCGAUAUGUUCAGGCAUAUUCGCGAACACAAGCUUACAAGAAAUUGACAGCUGUUCAUGAAAAGGUUUUUCCUCAAUCUAUCGCCAAACAUAUUUUCAAAUUUCACCUAGAAACAUCUGCAAAUAACAACUUUAUAGUUACUGAAAUCAAAGCAUUCAUUUAUCAGAAAAGUACUAUGUAUUAACAGUCGUCUGAAAUUUUGGUUCAUGUACUUUUUUUUGAAUGCAAAUUCGCACAUGACAUCACACUACUUAGGUCAACUAGGUCAACCAUGUGUCAGCCUUUGCUUUGAAUUUCUGCGCGUUAUAACUGCAAAAAAUAACUCCAGAAACGUGGUGAAAGUUGUAAAGAGAAAAAGUAUUUCUUUUCUAUUACUGUUUAUUUUUAUCACACCAAUCAUCUUGAAAAUCAACCAACGGCAACGAAACGACAGCGUUUGAGUCAAGGAAAAGUAAAAUAAUUUGACAACGGAGAUAUCAUCCACAUAAUGGUAUUUUAUAUCACAAGAAAAAUUAGCCCAAAGGUUUGUUUGGUGUUCGUAUAGUCUCGCAAAUUUCAUCAACAAUCAGCGAAAUUGAUUAAGCGACUAUACCCAAGCUGAACGUUUUCCUAAACGGAGGUAACAGAAAAAAUGCAAAAAACUACAUAGAUAUUGUGAGUUUUCUGAAAACAAAGCUUAUGAACCGUAAUCUGUAUUUGUACAUAUCUUGUGAACAUACUGCUACAUUGCUAGAGAGAAAAGUGAGAAAAGGAAACAACAAAUAACAACGGAUUAGUAUGAAAAAUAAAUGAAACUCGUAAUAAAAUUGACCCAAUAAGUGCAAAACGCAGAGCACUAGAACGAUAAGCAAAUAGCGCGAAAGCAGAUAAAGAAACAAUAAACGAUCGGAAGAAUGAAUGAAUCAAGCGGUCAGGUAGGACAUCAGAUGAUCGCAACAUUGAACAAAGGUUAAAAAAUAAACAAACGAAACAACAUUCAAGACAAGCAAUUAAGCCGUUCGUAUUCUUUUCGACUGGUAUAGUUGAAAUUAAAAAUAAUUACACCGUAUAGUACCCAGUUAGAUAAGGAAUGGAAAAAGGACUAAAAUAAAAUCAGUCGUGUGUUUUUCUGUAUAUUUUUGGCGAAAUUAGAUGGAGAAAGUAACCAAUUUGUUUUGUAAAGUCGAUAAAGCUAUUUUUUUUCCUCCAAUGCAUGUUUAAUUUACUCUGCUGACAAAGUAAUGAAAACAGAUGUAUAAAUCAUUAUAAACAACAAUCUACAAAUUACUUUUAAUUUCGUUUCAAUUCACUUCCGCCGUAAGUUUUACGUUUAGUUUAUCUGUAGUUUUUAAGCUAGUUAAAGAAAACGAAACAAAUUUGAGUUUCAGUUCUCUGUAGUGACCCCGAAAGAUGAUCGUACACACAGUGCAGUUUGAGAUCUGCUCUGAUGACCACAAACCACAGCGUUUUGUUUCCAGAAAUAAACACGAAUAAUAAAAGUUUCGCGUGUUACAACGUGAAGCGUUUCAUACGUCUCCUCAAAGUAGCGGAAAAGUCGCAUAUUGUAUCAAUUCUAAACCAAUAGGCAAUUUUCAUGGAAGGUCAUAAAAUCAUUGGAAAUCAUAACUACAACUAGACUGUUUCGCUUUUCCGUUGUGUUAUUGUGCUAGCCAGGAGAAGCAAAAAAUAAUAAUAUUAAUAAUAAUAAUUACAAUUAUAAACAACAGUGCGAAAGAGAACGAGCGGAGACUACAAAUAAGCUGGAACUAUUUUGUAUAAAGUAAAAGGCAAAACACAAUGUGAACAUUCAAUUAGUAACGUUUUCGAAAUUCACGUGAUCAUAUUAUCAUAUAUAGGAAAAAAAGAAAAACGAGAAAAUAAAAAGGGAAAAAGCAAACAUAUUAAACUCAGUAAACGACGCAAGAAACACGCAUAACACAGUAUCGAACAAUUGGUAAAAGUCAUUGUUACGAAGCAAAUUGUAUGGACAACAAAAUAAUAACAAAUAAAUACUUUUCUCACUGUUUCGGAAACAUUCAAAUAAAAUCAGACAAACGAAGAUGAAAAAACCUACCAUCAUGUGAAAUUUUUGGAUAACUACUUUGAAAAUAACCAUACACUAUGGAAAACACAUAAAAGAGUUUAAACCAGAAGAAACCAUAGUGUUUAGGCGUCAUACAUAUACUAUAUUGAUGAGAAAAAAAAAGAAUAAAAUCAAUAAUUUGAUGAAAAACAAGAAAAAAACAAUAACAAAUAAAAGAAAUAAUAAAUUUA